AUGCAGCCACGGCGCGAAUCGGGCGGAUUGAUCGCCCGAUUCGCACCGGACAUCCGCCUUAAAUCCGCGGUGGCUUGCCUAUUUAACCGUGCUUCGCUCGUGCUGGCGCGGAGGGUCGGAGAUGGAUGUCUGCAUCCUCGCAGUCCUCCUCGAGAUCGUACGGCCAUGGCUGACAACAGCAAUAGCAGCCCCCCGGCCAGUCGCCGCCGCGAAAAGCCCCAGCUGUCGUGCACGCUGUGCCGCAGACGGAAGCUCCGAUGUGACCGCCGCCAGCCGUGCGAAACGUGUGUGCGCCGCGGCCUCUCGCUGUCCUGCACGUACGUCCGUCCUCCCGGUGCGGCGCCCGAGCGCAUCGACCGCGCUCAGGGCCGUCCGGCGGGCGUUGAGAACCUGCCCGAGCGCAUCGGCCAGCUGGAGCGGCUGAUCACCACGCUGAUGGACACGGUGCAAGCGGGCAAAACGCCAUCGGCCAGAGAGCCCAUGCCGGCCGACUCGACGGCAGCUGGCUUUGAGCGAGCUGCUGCUGCUGCUGCUGCCGCUGCCGCGGCCGCUGCCGCGCCUGGCGAGGCCGUCGAUGCGGCCGACUCGGCGGCUAAGGAGGAGGAGGAGGAGGCGGCGCCGCAGCUGUCGGACCGCUUCGGUCGCAUCAAGAUCGAGAAGAUGGAGACUGCCUACGUCGAGAGCACGCACUGGACCGCCAUCUUGGACGGGAUUGCAGAGCUCCGGGACCACUUCCGUGACGAGCAGAAUGCGGUCGGCAGCGCGCCCUUCCCAGGGCCAGGCGCUGCCGCAGAGCCCGCAGAGCCUGACGAGCCCGAUAUCCUGUUCGGGAACUACCGUUGUGUGAGCAAGGACGAGAUCCUGUCGGCGAUGCUCCCGCGACCGCUGGUCGACCGACUGGUGACCGAGUACUUCAUCAACAAAGAUAUCGCCCCUGGUGAGGCAGUUUCCGUGGCCGUGGCAGCCGUGAUCCCCCGCCGGCUGACUUGA